AUGAUUCUAUAAAAUGCAAGUAGUGUGAAGGAAUUCAUUCUUCUGGGUCUCUCAGAAGAUCCAGGGGUGCAGAAGAUAUGUUUUGUGUUAUUUCUCUUCUUCUAUAUGAUUACUGUGGCAGGAAAUCUGCUCAUUAUUAUCACGGUAACCAGCAGUCAGCCUCUGAGCUCCCCCGUGUAUUUCUUCCUCUGCUACCUGUCCUUUGUAGACAUCUGCUACUCUGUCACAGCUCCCAGAAUGCUUGCUGACUUCCUUGUUGGAAAUAAAACCAUCUCCUUUGUAGGCUGCAUAGCCCAGCUGUUUGCGGUACAUUUCUUUGGCUGCACAGAGAUCUUCAUCCUCACAGUGAUGGCCCACGAUCGUUACCUUGCCAUCUGCAGACCUCUCCAUUACACCACUCUCAUGACCAGGCAGGUGUGUGGCCGGAUGGUGAUCGGCUCAUGGGUAGGAGGCUUCAUGCACUCCAUAGUGCAGACUCUUCUAACCACCCAGCUCCCCUUCUGUGGCUCUAACAAAAUAGACCACUACUUCUGUGAUAUCCACCCAUUACUACAACUGGCUUGUACGGACACCUAUGCUACGGGCAUUGCUAUUGUGGCCAACAGUGGAAUGAUAACUCUGAGCAGUUUCUUCAUCCUGGUCAUGUCCUAUGUUGUCAUCGUGGUUUCCCUGAAAAGGAUAGGGUGGCAGAUGGCCCUCUCCACCUGUGGGUCCCACAUCACUGUGGUGAUUCUGUUCUUCGGGCCAUGCACAUUCAUCUACAUAUGUCCAUCCAGCAAUCUGCUGGAGGACAAGAGCAUAGCAGUGUUUUACACCGCCAUUGCCCCCAUGUUGAACCCACUCAUCUACACGCUAAGAAACGAGGAGGUGAAGAGUGCCAUGAGAAAACUGUGGAGUAGAAAAGUGGGAAGUGAAAAUGGGAAGGUGUAGAACUGCAAUAACAUUCCCAAAGGAAAUACCUGUCAUGGAAAUUCCCCAGAAACUGCCUUUCGAGGAAAAUCUUGCUGUUAGCUCCUGUUGUAAUUAGGAAUCAUAGACUAGAAUACCAGGUUGGAAGACAGUGAAGGUUCAUCUUUUGAUUUGAAGGACAUUGUGAACUCUGUGAUGA